AAGGCUUCCACAUCAGAAAUUCUUGUACCUGUUAAGAGCCCAAUAUUACCGAAUCGUUACAGAGCUGAAGUGCCUCUGCAGGCACCAUGGAGCCGCAGCUGACAGGGGGCAAAAAGCGUCCAUCAGGGACAAAACCGGCCGGAGACGAGGCUUCGCCGUCUCUGAAAGAGGAGCUUGUUGCGGCGAUACAUGGAGCAUUUGAAGUGGCCGUGGAGAUCGCAGUUCAGGAGGUGACAAAGCUUGUGGGUCAGGCGACAGGAGACGUCAAUGAAGAGAUGCGACGAGAGAACCAGUCCCUCAGACAAAGACUGCAGAGAGCUGAAGCCAUGCUGGACUGUGCGCGUAAGGAGGAAAGAGGGGGCAGCUCCCCUCUUACGAGGCGUCUGCUGGAUGCCACCAACCAAACGGAUCUGCCGGAUCACCCGAAAUGCAACCCAGAAAGCCCAGAUCCCGAAACGUGCAAUGUGCAGGGAAGCGCUGAGGUCAGGGGUGACCCGGGUGAGCACAGCCGUGCAGACCAGCCUCCUGACCCCCAACAUAAACAUGUGAGCAGAAAUGAAGAGCAGAGAUCAGGCCACGGUGUGAGGACACUGCAUGUCAGUGACGCUGCUUCAGACACACAGAAGAAUAGUGGUGCUGUCGCUGCCUUGACUCUUGAAGUCACUGACAAGAUGUCCCAUGCAUGUGCGGUAAAGGUAGAAAGCACAAACCAGCCAUGUCGAGUGGCAGCCCAAGACAGCGACAUGUCACCACCUCCCAGUGGGGGUGACGAGGCCACUUCAGAGCAGGUUACAGUGAAGCAGGAGAAGCCAGAGGAGGAGAUGGAUGGCUCAGCUUGCUGUUCAGUCUCCGUCAAAGUGGAGGAUUUUAGCCCAGAGUGUAUGUUAGCAGCCCAGUCCAAAAUGCUGGAGGAGUGGAAACCAGAAGGGCUGCAUAUUCAGAACCGAGACUCGAAUGCUCGCGUGUCCUGCACCAGGCUGGCUCAGGCUCAUCCUCCCAAUCUGACCACCAACCUCCCACCACCCGCAGAUAGACCAUCCCUCUCCUCAGAGUUCCCAAACAUCUUCCAGCUGGCAGAACCAGCUCCCAUCCCAGAAGCCCCUCCACAUGUUUAUGGAGUCCAUGCACGGACCAGCUGCAACCCCGGCCACCCCGUCCUCUACGCCUGCAAGUCCUGCGGUCAGACGUUCCACCUGCCCAGCUUGCUGCGGCGGCACUACGGCCAGUGUCAGCAGAAGCUCCAGCAGUGCUGUCGGCAGCCCGCAGCAGGAAGCAGGAGGACCAGGCUGCAGCUUUACCCGCCGGGCUGCAGCCCCUUCCGCUGCACGGUGUGCAACCGAGAGUUCAACCGCAUGGAGAACCUCAAGACUCACCUUCGCAUCCACACAGGAGAGAGACCGUACACCUGCUCGGUCUGCUCCACGUGUUUCCGUCACUCUGGGGCAUUGACCAGGCACUUCCGUAUCCAUACCGGAGAGAAGCCUUACAUCUGCGGACAGUGUGGGAAGUCUUUCAGAAACUGUGGGGGGCUUAAAUUCCACCAGCGGUCACACAGCAAGCAGCUACAGGAGAGUGGGACUCAACAGUGUUGAGGUCUUCAAGAUUACAUUUUGUGCGUGAGAUGUAAAUUGCUGAUUUUAUGCAAUUCUCUAUAUGUAUAAUAUGUUUUGAUGUAUCCCUUGUACGCACCCACAACGUCAUGAAUUGUGCUUUUCAAUGCUAGAAAAAGUUUGUCAGUAGCAUUUACAAUCUGUUGCAUUAUAGUUCCAGCUAUCUAUUCAUAAAAUAAGAAGUGCAACAACAUUCCAGAGAUUUGACUAGUACGAGGAGGCAUUCUCAUUUCAGAGUAGUAUCAUAUGUACUGGUUAAUGAUGAUAUGAGAUUUUCCAGACUCACCUUCACUGAUAGUCUGGCUUCUACGUUAACCAAACCGUCAGGUAAUAGCUGACUGUCCCGUAACAGUCUGUCCUCUGUCUGAACUGUUUCCAUCUUUCUCUACCAGGUCUUCCCCUUGAAGUAGCAGGUACCGUUUUCACAAACUAUCACCCAGAAAGCAGCAACUCAACAAGUUAAAGGAACAGUCAUGUGCAUCGUAUUGAGGUCAAACCUUUCAGUGUUGAUGUCCUGUGAAUCAGCGUCCUGUCAUCAGUAGAACCGGACCCAGCAGAAAGACAAAGCAUGGAUACUGUAGCUGUGUGAUCAGUCACAAAGGUUAGCUCCAGCCUGUAUAUGAUGGCCCAGUAGAACUUAUUGAUAUGAAAUGUGUAAUUCCAAGUGCCAUUUUUCUAACUUCUUUUACGAUGGUUACUAAAAAUCAGCUUGUGUUAUUCAUGGCAAUCUGUUUUUUCUACUCAUUUGUUUGUGUGCCUAAUCUUUCCAAAUAUCCAUCUUAUUUUGACUACGCUGUAUGGAAAUUAAUUUCACUUGAUGAAUAAAACACAC